UCCUCAGCUGAUCCAAAGCCUGCUGAUAUCUGUGAAUCGCAGACGUCAUCGAAUGUGACGGAUAUGUGACAAAGUCCAAAUGUGACAGCUUUAGUAGAAAUGCCAUUGCUGUGUCCAAACAUGACGGUGCCCUGAAAUGAAGGGAGGCCCGAGUUGAAAAAGUGUUGUGUGACUGAAAUGUCUGCAAAUCCCUUUAUAUUUAAUUACGUCUGAAUUGUUUGCUUCGGAAUAUUAAACUGUGGAGCAGAGGGGGAAAUCAAGGAAAAAUGUGUCUUUGUCCCAAACUUUAUAUUGGGCGCUGUAUUUCGUUCUCCAAUCAGCUCGUCAGCAGAAGAUCAUUGGGCUCCCACAAGGGAAGCGACUCUGUGAAAAUCCGGGGGUCUUUGAAAAGGGACAUUCCCAUCACUCCCCCUACAGGAUUAUUAGAGCACUUCACUUUGUCUCCAUACUUGAACUGCUCCCCUCCUUUGCCGUUUCAGAGAAUCUGACGGCUGACGUUUUGUGGCUUAGCAGGACUAAAAUCUCAUUAUGGUUUAAGAGAACACUUUGGAGAGAUGAGGUAAAGUGAGCCUACAGUGUUUAUUAAUUUAACAUUUGUUCAGAUAAUUAACGUGACGUGGCUCCGCGCUCAUCUCGCACUGUCCUGAUUAUAUUUGGGGCUUUUUCCGAAUCCAAAGGUGAAGAGAAUUCAACGCAGGAGAUUACAAUGUGGACGUUUUCGGGGCAGCUCAGUCAAGGUGAUCCGAGAGUGCUAAUAAUUAACGGCUGGCAAUGUGUUGGUUGACUAUGCAAGUUUGUCAUUUGUGAAUCUUUUGUCACAACGGUCGACCACUGAAUCUUUUCGCUCUCCGCGCUCAUUUACUUUAAAGCCAAACUAUUGACUUACUGGUAAGGCUGGUUUCUUCUUAGCCACCAAUUCGUCCGCCCGAGCUUUUCUGUAUUACACGAGUUCUGCGUCUGCGCGUGUGACAAUAAUGACACUACAACGCGUGGCUUAUGACAACGAGGACACCCUGUGGACAAACUGAAAAUUACAAGAAGUGAAAAAGGGCUUACUCCGUUAAACCGGUGAUGCCUCAUCCAGGGUGCCCAGCCAUGGUGUACUCCCCGUAGUGGAGAGGACGUGCAUUCCCCACAUCUACAGAACAUCAAGAAGACAUCCAAAGACCCCCAAGAAGGCCCCCCCAGCCAGUGAAGGCCCUUUGUCAUCGUCUCCAGACGGACCUGCACACGCAUUAAACAGUCCACUAAUACUUAAACCUCCCAGGCCGCUCCAGUUACACAUUAAUGGAUCAACUUAAACCUGGUUAAUCUGCCUUAAAGGUGUGAAUCUUUACACUUGGCAAUCAUUAAACAUGGCAGACAAAGCUCCAGUGAUUGGCCGUUUCCAUCUUGCUUGGCUUAUAAACGUCUGCGGUCAGCACGAGCAGAGCACACAUCUCGCCAAAGAUGGACAAGGCAGUCAAACUGGGCAUCUCCAUCCUGCUCUUCACAUCUCUUGUUGCUAACCUUGUGCUGAUCUGCGUGAAGCUGAGGGAACCAGUGGAGGUCAAGCAGCUGGUCCAAUGCCCAAAGACGCGGUGGCCGACCUACCGCCAUGACAACAGCAGUCUGCUUUUUGCAGAUCUCACGGGUCAAGAGCACAGCACCGUGAAGGAUUACCUGCAAAAGCAGAAUGACCUGGACCUCAAUGCGGCCAUCUUCCUGAUUGAGCUGCAUCUGCCCAAGAAACUGGAUGUGCUGCGUUACCUGAAUGGCAGCAGUGCCAGGCCCGUCAGGGAGGCAAGGGUAUACUUAUUUUCCGAUGCUCAGCAGAAGAUCAUGGAGUUGGUGGUGGGGCCACUCCCCAACCCAACCUACCACCGAGAUGUGAGCGAAGAGAACUAUGGGAGGCUUCUGCCUUUCAAUGCCCGUGUGGCAACCACGCAGGACUACAAAAGGUUUGAAGACGUGUCCCGAAGAGAGCUGGCAAAGGCCCCCAGGCUCAUGAGGGAGAGCUUUGGCCACCAAAUGCCAGACCUGAAAUACCUACUAGGUGUCCCAGCAGGCGCUGGCUCUGGAGACCAGCUCAUGUGGAUGGCCUUCUCCCGGCAUUGCCAGGGGCACUACCUGCACCCUAUGGGCCUGGAGCUCCUACUCAAUUACAGUGAUGCCAACAGCUCCAACUGGCACAUCCAGAAGGCCUUCUAUAAUGGACAGUACUUUGACAGCAUAGAGGAGCUGAGCGAGAGCUAUGAGGUGGGCAAUGUCACCAAGAUCUCUUAUCAGCGAAGUGACAACUACGCCUCCCUGAGGCCUCGCAGCAAGCCCACUGGUGUACCACCCAUCCAAAUAGAGCCUAAUGGUAAGAGAUAUAGCGUCCAACUCAACCAGGUGUUCUACCUGGACUGGAGGUUUGCAUUUGGCCUCAGCAGCCUGACUGGCAUGAGAAUUUUUGAUGUCCGCUUCAAACAAGAAAGAAUCGCCUAUGAGGUCAGCGUGCAAGAAGCCAUUGUGGUUUAUGGCUCCAACACCCCAGCCAGCAUGAUCAUGAAGUACACGGACUCCACCUAUGGCAUUGGCAAUUAUGCUUACGAGCUGGUACGGGGGGUGGACUGCCCCUACUUUGCCACCUAUGUGGACACCUACCGACAUUUUGACACCAACCGCACCCAAAGGUUUAGGAACUCCAUUUGCAUCUUUGAGCACAACACGGGGCGCCCGCUCAGACGCCAUGUUACUGGCUACUACAGCCCAAAUUAUGGGGGUGCACCCAACAGUGUGCUGGUCAUGAGGACCAUCUCAGCCAUCGGCAACUAUGACUACAUAUGGGAUUUUGUAUUCUACCAGAAUGGGGCGCUGGAAGUCAAGGUGUUUGCCACGGGUUACAUCUCCUCAGCCUACCUCACUGAGGGCGGGCUGCAGUACGGCCACCAGGUGGCAGCAAACACACUGGGAACCAUCCACACACACUUUCUCAGCUUCAAAGCUGACCUGGACAUCGAAGGUACAAACAAUUAUUUUCUGACUAAGGACAUGGCCUACCAUGAGGUGCAAGUCCCCUGGAGCCCCGAGCGCAGGGUGCAAGUGCCGAAGUUGGUGGAGAAGCAGUUGAAGACUGAAAAUGAGGCAGCCCUGCGAUUUGAUCAGAAAAUCCCCCGCUACCUGCACAUCGCUAGCAAUAAGACCAAUAAGUGGGGUCACAAUCGCUCAUACAGGAUUCAGGUGCUCAGUUUCAAUGGGGACCACCUGCCCGAAUCUGUUCCAGAGGAGGCGGCCGUGUCCUGGGCCAGGUAUAAAGUUGCCAUCACUAAACACAAAGACCACGAGAGCACCAGCAGCAGCCUCUACAACCAGAACGACAUGUGGUCCCCAGCCGUCAACUUCAGCAGCUACAUCAACGGCGAGUCCAUUGAAAAUGAGGAUCUUGUGGCUUGGAUCUCGACUGGAUUUCUUCACAUUCCCCAUGCCGAGGACAUCCCCAACACUGUCACUGCCGGCAAUGGAGGUGGCUUCUUCCUGAGGCCACACAACUACUUCGACGAGGACCCGUCCAUCAACUCGCCCGACUCCGUCUACCUCGACCCCAGCAUCCCCUCGGACAGCUGUGAACUGAACCCCAACGCCUGUUUGCAGAACGAAGUCUGCAUGCCCAACUUGCCUGCCUUUACCUACAAUGGCUUCGACGAGGUCAUUCAUAUCUAGGUUGGCGGACAUUGGGUUUGGUGGUGAGGGGGGGGAGCAGGUGGUCUUUCUCACUUGUGGUCUCUGUUUUGGGGAGGGACUGGGAGGGAACUAGUGGUGCUGGGACAGGUGAGGGACAAAUCAGUUGUCAACUUUUCUCCAAGGAUUCAAAUCUCUGGGAAUGAUAAGAGUUGUCUGCAACGCUUACUUUUUCAAUCACUUUAUAAUAAGCCACAAUUAAUAAGCAGUAUAUUUACACACAAGAGGAUGUAGACAAAAAUAAAUUCAGUUACUAAUAACACGGUCAUGCAAGGAAAUCCACGCGUGACGCUAAACCAACAGCUCAGGGAUGUGGAAGCUGCGAGAGGGGCUGCCCCCUAGUGGUACUCGGUUCUACUACAAAUAACAGGAUAACCCAACAGUCUUUGAACCCCACACCACAGGCUGUGGGAGUCAAAUAAAACAUGUCAGGCUGGCCCUUUCACCUUUUAGCAAUUCCUUACAUCAGUCUACCAUUGUCAGAUGGGCACACCAUAGCCUGAUGCCCACUAAGGUGUGUGCCAAUCAAAUAAUUUCCACCAGGUCUUAGGUGGAAGUAAUAAAUCCUAAAAAAUGUCAUUUUACUCUCUGCACCAAAAAUGUCCCAGCCUCAGCACUGCAUACCCUCACCACAGGGGCUGAGCUGCGGGAGUGGAACAAAAAAUGUCUACCAGCGCCACCCUGUGUGCAACCUCAGUAACAAAUGGCUAUAAAAAGAGACAAGGACAGCAGCAGAGAGGCUUCUUCCUCUGCCAGGCAAGGUGAGGCUCUGGUGGUCUCCUCUGGCCAGGCUUUCAAAUUUGGAAAUUGCAACAAAAUCAGUGAAACAUGUGGGAAUGGGAGGAAGAGGAUGAGGUGGAGGAAUGGACCACCUUAUAAUUUUGUCGUCUGCAGUCCAGAAAUCUGUGCACUGAUGUGAUCUGCUGUCAUUUUUGGUUGUAAGUAUAUAUGUAAGAAUAAAGCUAAUUGGAACACACUGUC